AGUGCAGCAACCUAAGGCGUGUUUUUAUGUUUCCACUAAUCCGACCGACCCUAUUUUUUGCCUCCCGACCCUGCCCUUUUUCUGCCGUAUUGUGGCUUUGGAAAGUGUUAAUAGUGUACAGAAAUCCAGGUUCUUAAAAAAAGGAAAAACAAUGUUAUGCCUACCUACCGACUCUAUUUUAUGGAGAUGUUGAUGGAAACAAAGAACUUUUUGGCCUUAGCUAAAUAGCACUUAAAACAAGGAAUCUCCGAUCACAAAUGAUCAGCAUUUGAACAUCUGUAGCAUUUACACUUGUAACAAGAAUCGUAAUAAAAAUAUGGACCAAGGCCAGAACAUAAUCUUCAUAUAAACACAGGUAUUUUGUCAGAGAAAAUCUACAAACCAAUGAUAUAUUCAUACAUGCUUACCCUAGAUCGACGAAUAAGAGAGGAAAUAUUGAAGAUGGCGUUGAAAAUGUUAUCUCAGUCUUCGGCAGUGCUUAAAAUUGGAGUACUGUUUGUGAUUAUAUCAUUCAUCUUAUGCUCUGUUUCAUUCGCAACACCUAGCUGGAAAUACGACUCACCAAGCUUCCAUUAUGGACUAUGGCAAUAUUGUGUAGAAAGUGAUGAAGAUUUGCUUACUUAUUGUAUACCACACGAAUACUAUUCGAAUUUCUAUACUGUCACAGGAUGGGUCCGAGGAGUACAGGCACUGGCAGCAGCAGGAUACAUACUCCUCGUGGUGGGUGUGGUCAUGUCACUCGCCCUCCUCUGUUGUACCUCCAGUCGCAGGGUCGCCAGCUCCAACCCGUGGAUCUUGCUGUUUGCAGGAGUUUGCUAUGAAGCCGCGAUCAUUAUUUUCGUAUGGAAGAACAGCUUUCAUAACAUUGGCUACUCCUGGUACGUCGGUGGCAUUGGAUGCAAUUUGGCUUUGGUUGCCGCCAUCUUGACCCAUUGUGAUAACAGACAAAUGGUGGAAAGGGCCGCAGAGUUUUCAAUCCCACCACCUGGUAAUACACAUGUCAGUCACAAACAAGAUGGCAUCCCUUAGUAUAAUCUGCAACUUAAUACUUAAUAAUCAGGUUGAAACACCAAUCCGGCGAAUGGAUCACAAAGUUAAGAAAGCGGCACGAUUAGUCUACCGCCUGACAACAAGGAAUUCGAGAUGAAGUUUGACGACCGUACAUGUGACAGCAAGAUGUAUGCUGAAGUUAAAUUAAAAGCGUAUACACUCUGUUCAGGUCUGGGGGGUUUUCAAGAGGACUUUUGUCAUACGACAAAUUUAAAUGGAGUCUAUAGUGACUAAUAAUACAUCAAUAUGCCUGUUCAAUUAUUGCGUGUUUUAUUUUACAGUUUUGCACUAAACUGUUGUUAAUAAUAAAGUAUGUUUGCAAUCUAAAGCAAAUGGAAUGUUUACAUGAAUUCUACUUAUCAUUUUUAUAUCUGUAUAUUUGGAAUGUAUUGUUUAGAAUACCUAUGAUUAGAUAUCGCGAUUGCCAAAAUGUAUUUGUUGAUAAAUACAACAUAGGUCAAUAAACUGUUCAUACGCA